AUGUCAACCAAGAAGCUCCAAGUAGGCGUCGCAGGCCUCGGCCGCAUGGGCAAGCGCCACGCCCUCAACUUCCACCAGAACGUGCCCCGCGCGACCCUCGUGGCCGUCAGCUCACCCGAUGCUGGCGAGCGCCAAUGGGCCGCCGAGAACCUCGCCCCCCACGGCGUCACCGUCUACGAGUCCUACGACGAUAUGCUCGCCCACAAGGGGCUGGAAGCCAUCUGCGUGGCGUCCGCGACCUCUGUCCACGCAGAGCAGGCCAACAAGGCCAUUGAAAAGGGCAAGCAUGUCUUGUGUGAGAAGCCAUUGGGCACCACUGUUGAAGUUUCACAAACCGUCGUAGACGCAGCCGCAAAACGCCCAGAUCUCAAAAUGCAACAAGGCCUCAUCGGCCGCCCCGCCAUCCUCCGCAGCCAGACCUGCGACGUCCUCGACCCCUCGGGCUUCUUCGUCGCCUACGCCCAGUUCUCGGGCGGCAUCUUUGUCGACUGCAGUAUCCACGACAUUGACCUCGCGCUCUGGUUCUUUGACGAGGAGACCACCAAGGUCAAGUCCGUCCACGCCGUCGGCAUCACGGCAGUUGAGCCGGACCUGCGGAAGCACAAUGAUCGCGACAACGCUGUUGGCACGGUCGAGUUUUACGAUGGGCGCAUCGCGUAUCUGUAUGCUUCGCGCAUGAUGGCCGCGGGCCAGGAGGACUCUACAGAAAUUAUUGGUACCAAGGGCAAGUUGUCAGUCAACCUGUUGCCGGCGGAGAACCAUGUAAAGAUUUACACGCCGGGAGGCAUCCGGCAAGAGCUGCCACAAACGUACUGGGACCGUUUCAGGGCUGCUUUCACAACCGAGGCGAUUGAGUUUACCGAGAGCGUGUUGGAGGAUAAGCCUGUGCCGAUCAAGUUGACUUCAGCGGUGGCUGCUGUCAAGAUCGGUGCGGCAUUGCAGGAGUCAAUGAUCAAGGGGACCAAGAUCUGGUUUGACGAGCAGGGCAACCGGACGGAGAAGGCCCAAUUAUAA